CUCCAACAUCACGAAGAAGAGAGACUAUAAAUAUAAGUGGGGGGAUGUUUCUCCUCCUUUUCGUUGUCGGGGUUCUCACCAUGUGGUGUUUUCUCUCUUUCUUCCUUUCUUACGUUCCCUUUUUCUCUCUCUUCAUCCACACAGCUUCAUGCUCACAUGGCUUGGCCGACUGGAGUAACACAUGAUCCCGCCUUCUGCGUUGUGAUUGGUUCCCAAACAUGAAGCAGUCCUCUGAUUGGACGGUGAAUUUGAGCUGUCCAUGAAGUGUAGCAAUAUGAGUGGAGAAAGCAGGACUCUAAUGGACCACGUUUGAGUUCUUGAGGAUGUGAAGUCGCAGGAAUAUCAGAGACUCCUCUUCAGCUGUGCAGAAGAUUUGGCUCUUCCUGAUUGGCUGAAGCCCUUUAAUCCAAGAUGGAAAUCAGCGUGCUUAAGAAGUCCAAGAUCUUGCAUCACCCUUAGUGGCGUCCUUGCAUCACUUCUAAAAUCAGUCAUGAUGUUAUACACCACACACGUGUUAUGGAUUUCAUCUUUUCCAGCUGCAUGUUGAAGUGACGCCUCACAUGUAACGAGAAAUAAAUGGAUUUUGAUGGAAAGCUUCACUUUUUUUUUUGGGUAAAUCAAGUCAGGAAAAAACCACGACCAGCAUUCUGUUCUGUCAUAUCCAUCACACUACCCUCAUUGUUGAUUGUUUUCCUAUAACAAAAUGUCCUGAAGUGAAUUUAUUUAUUAAAUGUUUGAAAAUUACUUGAGACUUUUACUUUAUCAUGUGUUGUAGCAGUACUAGUCUUUUCCUCAUUGUUUUUAUAUAAAACAUUUAGUGUUUUAAUUUAAAAAAAUGUCUUGUUUAUUUGAUGUUUUGAGACAUCUCUACAGUCCUUAUGGUUUCCCUGAUAAACAAUAGCAAUUUAUUUAUACUAUGAACCUGAGUAGAAAGCGUCACAGCGCCCUCUAGUGCAUUAGCGGGGUAUUUUAAUUUAAUUUUUUUUUUUUUUAUAAAUUUGAGUGAAAACCUAAAUCGUAAAAAACGCACAUCAGAUUUUCUGGCAUUUAGUAGGCUAUAUUUUUUAGUUUUAAAACUACUCCAGAGCUUAUAACGUGUUAUAGAGUCUUAAUAAUGCUUAUGCUAAUUUUAAGCUAAUUUAUUUAACACUCCUUAAUGUAGUGUUAUUCACAUUUUAGCAAAUAUUCCUCACAAAAACAACAAUUCAGGACACAAAAACAAAGUGACACUCUUGUAUUAAUCUUAAGGGUUGAACUAGAAGUAAAAUUGAAAGUGUGUUUUUGAUAAACAACAUCCUUUUUCUUCACAGUCCCUCCCUGUGGUUUUGCUCUGAAACCGCUAGCGUUCUGUGUCUCAAAAUGGCGUCCGUUAGAACACUUCAGUGCCCUACGUAGGGCGCAUGCGCUAUUCAUUUCCGCGGGCACCGGAUUGAGACGCGGCCCGGGACUUCCGGCUCUUCGCUCACAGUGAGUCGACUCUCUGAGUGUUUAUUGAUUCAGAGUGAUGCUCAGUGAGCGUCGUGGGCUCGCGAUAAAUGAAUGUUUCCGGACGCGAUUAAUUGAUGCUGGAGCUUUUUUUUUUUUUUUUUUUUUUUUUUUUUUCUGGAUUAAACCACACACUUAUAUACAGUUUUUUUUUUUUUUUUUUACUUUUUUUUUGCAAUCUUCUUGAAGCAUAUUGUUUAAAUGAAUCUUGUAAGAUUUAUGAACAGCCGGGCACCAGCUAAUAAGAGGUAUCAGCCGACAGAAUAUGAGCACGCAGCUAACUGUGCUACACACGCGCUCUGGAUCAUUCCCAGUAUUGUGGGUGGACUUUUGCUGUACUUCCUUUCUGAUGACCACUGGGAGGAGAUUUCGGCGUGGCUCUAUGGUGCAGGCUUGUCGAGCCUUUUUAUCAUUUCCACGGCCUUCCACACCAUCACCUGGAAGAAGAGCCAUAUGCGAUCCAUCGAGCAGUGUUUCCACAUGUGUGACAGGAUGGUGAUCUACUUUUUCAUUGCCGCAUCCUACACACCAUGGCUGACUUUACGGGAACUCGGUCCGUGGGCCGCUCACAUGCGCUGGGUUGUCUGGGUGAUGGCCUCUGGAGGAACUGCAUAUGUCUUCUUCUUUCAUGAGAGGUAUAAAGUGGUCGAGUUGGUCUGCUACACAGCAAUGGGAGUGUUUCCAGCAAUGGUUAUUCUGUCUAUGGCGGACAGGUCGGGUGUGUGCGAGCUGUUGGUUGGUGGCGGGUGUUACGUGUUGGGGAUGGUGUUCUUUAAAAGUGAUGGAGUGGUGCCGUUUGCGCACGCCAUAUGGCACCUGUUUGUUGCCAUGGGGGCGGGCAUCCAUUACUACGCCAUCUGGAAGUACUUGUAUACACCUGGCAAUCAACAGACCAGCACCGCUCGGUGACACACACACACACACACACACACGCUCUCAGUUACCUGAGUGUAGUAUAAAAAGGUUCAAACACUGUAAUCUAAAUGACUAAAUUGAUUGCGGAAGGGAAAAAUAUUUCAUUCCAAAUUGGUUUACACACUGCUGGUGGGAAGCACAGCUACACAUAUUGUCCUUAUUAAUCAAUCAGGGACUAAUCAGUGGUGGCUAUAUAUAUAUAUAUAUAUAUAUAUAUAUAUAUAUAUAUAUAUAUAUAUUAUAUAUCAGCCAUUCAACAAAUGUUAAUCUUCAUAAAGUCCUCAUUAACACCUCCAUACAUUUUAAAUCUUACUGAAAUAAUAAUAACCUCUUUAGAGUGAGCAACGAUUUUUUAAAAGCUGUUGCUGUUUAACAGAUGUAAACUGGAGUUCCAUUGAUUUCCACUGAUUUGCAAUCGUGGUGCAGCGUGCUCACUGCCCCAUUUAGCGCCAUAGAGCUAUUAUUGCACCUAGUGGUCAAAAAUGGGAACUGCAACAAUAGAGGUCCACUGGGCCACUGGGGCAGGAAUCACGCUGCCCCAUGCGUGGAGGAGGAGCAGCAGACAGGACAGUUAAUAACAGGGUUGCCAGCAAAUAAAUCUAAUCAAUUUCUGCAAACAAAGGCAAAGUGUAAGUGCAGACAUUGUGUCUAUGACAUACAGAAUCAUUUCUGUUGUAAGAUAUAUUGUAAAGAGAGAAAGGGGGAUUAUGGAACGGAAAAUGUCCGUACAUCAGAAAUGCGUGCGCACCUCGGUGACCUUGUUUCCCAAAACAAAGGCUGUGUCUCUCUUUUCCAAUGCUGAUUUUUUUUUUUUUUUUGGGGGGAAGGUCUUUUCUCUGGAAAUUUUGCUGAAACUUGGCAACCCUGGUUAAUGAUAUUAGCUCUUCUGUAUGCAUCUCACUGAUGAUGAUAAACACAUCUGCUGAAUGGAGUACAGUUGAACAAAGGUACAUCUAUAACUGCUCAAAAUGAGCUACUAGACUGUACGCUGGAUGUCUGUCUGUAUGUAGUCGACCCUCAACUGCUUGUUACAGGGUUAAAUAUUCACUAGAGAGGAGCCUCAAGUGUCACAGCCUCUCGACUUCAUUUUGUUAGAGACUAUCUCAUUAUUAAUCUACGCUCAGGAGCCGCUGCUGGGAUUAAUGUUCACGCCAUAAAAUGUAAUUGGCUCCUGUGAACAGGUAUGAGUUUUAGUAUGAGGCAUCUCAUACAUUUGUUAGGAUGUAAAGAUGAAAAACUGAAGUUGAUUCUGGACGAGCUCUGCGUUUCAAUACUGUUUUUGACAUGCCCUUGGUGACUUCCACUUGACUGGAAUGUACUCAGGGGUACCACAGUGGGCUAGACUGUAGAUUUCAGGAGCAGAACCAACCCAGAACGUAAACAUUGACAUAUUAAGAUAUAAUGCAAUUUCUUUUUCAGUACAAGUUAAAUUACAGGUUGAUCUUUUUAUUAAUUAGGGGUGUGACCCAAUGCCGAUCGGUGUCUGUUUAUUGCUCUAAAUAGCAAUAACUGACUCUACAUUCAAAUUUAUUAACUAUAUUCAGUUCGACCAAAGCUCGUCCCUCAGAAUUUCCAACCGCUGGCGAAGAAAAAACAAAGAAAUCACCCCCUCAACUCGGAAAGCUGGGAAGGUUUCCUCAAACCGUCACAUCACCAUGGCCACUCACACCGUCGACAGUAAAUAAAACAUCGCUUUAUAGUAGAGUUACAGUUUAUAUUAGUAUUUACUUUAGAUUCAUCAACUCAGAGACAAGUCACGUUCAUUGGUUAAAUCUAUAACCCUGACUGUACAGCUUGCGCUUUUGAGAACGUAAAUACAUAUUAAACUCAUGAUCAGUAAUAUCAGCUAGCUAGCUUGUUUCUAACAAAACACACAUUUUCAUGGAGGUGGCCAUGUUUUCACCCCGCUUUGUGGCUCAAUCGUACCAAGCUCGUAAAUUACUUAAUUCCGAGUUCAGACUUCGCACCUUCAAUUUAAGUCAAAUGCAGCAUUAAACCUGAAGUGGGUGUGGCCUAAAUAAGAAUCCUAUACCCCUGGAAACACUAAAAACAAAAACAAAAACAGAGGUAGAAAUGCUAGGAUUGUCAGCAUGAUGUGUGAAUUCAGGCUCCGACCAGUUCCUCAACCUCAGCUACAUCACUCCAGCUCAUAACUGGUCUCAGCUCAAAUAACUUGUUCGUAUUUAAUUACAUUUCUAUUAUAAAUGUAAACAGAAACCUCAUAAAAUCCCUUAUAUUAUAUUUUUAAAAUAUGAAAUGUUUGGCUCUAUGUAAAUUGGGUGCUAGGUAGCGAAUAAAAUCCGUAGGAAAUCUCUUCAGGUGUAUGAUGAUCAUGCUAAAAUGUAAGCGGAAGGUGUCAAGGGCGUGAUCAAAUUUGGUAUUGAAAACAUCAGCGUCGUCUGGAUUUAACCCCAACAGGAGUGUAAGCCAGUGUAACCUGCGAAAAAGACACAUUUAAAGAGUAGGUGUGUGGCGGCCUGGGAAAACCCUUUACAAACUACAGCCUUUCCUGAAAUGAAGUAUGCAUCAUGAACAUUUAGACUGCACUGAUUCGGAGUACUUCGCCAUGGCAUAUAGCGAUCCAACAACUUGAUCAAAGCUUGGUGUUCACUUCAAGUGUGAAGAAAUCAAGCAGAUUGACUGGAUUUACUGCUGUGUUUGUUCAAACGGCUCCUUACACAACAUGGUCUCUACUAGGCAAGGUCAGAAAGUAGACAAAAUAAAAACAUUUCCUUGUUUUUUUGUGAAAAAUAUUUACAUUUUCUUAAAGCGGUGAAUAUUAGCAGUGUGGAUUGUCCUCUUUCAGACGAUGCAACACUUAGUAUAUGAUACAAUACAACAAGUAAUGAUUCUAUAAAAUAUGAUUCGGUGCAGCAGUGAUGUGAUUCGAUUCAGGUCUGAUCUAAUGCGAUUCACUCUUGAGGACAGAAGAGAUUACAGUUAUUUGACAAACUGCAACUUAUAGCUGCUAUAACGUAAAAGAAAAAAGGAACUAACAGUGAUUUUAGUUUCCUUUUUUUUCCUUUUGGAUUCGAUCUGAAUCUUGAAUUGUAAAUGCUGUACAUCUGUGGAGAAGUCGAGUUUUUCCCAGACCGCCACACAAAUAUUAAAUAUGCCAUACAUUUAAGAAAAAUGAAUGCAAAUUAGAGAAGUACAAUCGUAUAGUGUAGUAAAAAGUACAACAGAGAUAUAAAGAUACUUGAAACAUGUAUUCUCUCUUCCUGCCACUGCCAAAAGCAGAAAAAGCGAGGGAUUUCCCUUGUAUUACCGUUUACUCCGUGCGGUUUGCUGUGUAUACGCAGUAAGAGGCGGACAGUUGUAUUUAUAGUAUCACUCGUCUGGGUGCAUUCUCGCAUUUCAGUAUUGUGUCUGUGUGAAAUGCCAAAAGUGCUUCGAGCUUCAGUCACUUAGUCUAGUUCAAAGUCCUAGUUUUGUGUCGUUUUUUUCUGUUUUCCAAUAAAAAUCCCUCUUUUUUCAUUGCCUUUUUUCCCCAUUUAGCUGUUAGUGUUAAGUAAUAACGGUCUACUUCAAUCAUCCAAGUCUCAACACAGUUCCUCAGGACCACCGAUUAUUAUAAAGAUUAGCCGGACCACAUGAAGUCCACAGUUUUGAUUGGCUGAAGUGGCCAAAAACUUUGUUCUCAGGGUUAACACAUUGUCCGGUGCCAUCGCCAUCUCUCCAAAACAUUCCACUGCUGUGCAGAAAAAAUUUACAUUAAAAUUAAAAAUUAAAAAUGCUAAUAGAUAAACUAUGUAUGUUACUUAAUGGCUUAUUAUUUAUUAUUUAUUAUUAUUACUAUUAUUAUCUGUAAUAUUUAAAGUGAAUCUGUAGUGAAUGUAUUAUUUGCAUAGUCUGAAAUAUCAUGUUGAUAAGCGAGCUUUUAUUUAUACGAUAGCUUCAAUGCACAAUCCAAAUCUGUUUAUAACUGAAAUCAUGAGUAUGCUGAUUGUUUAUGUGUUUAAUUUGGGGGGAAAAAAAGUGGAUUAAAUCUCAGAAAGGUCUCAUUAACGUUCAAGGAAACACACAAAAAUAUUUAAUGCCAGUAACUAAGCCAGAGGUAAAAUCAAGCUCUGAAAUAUUUAGUUUUGGUAUGCGAAAGAUAGUAUAGAUUAGGCUUGUGCAAUAUUGAUUUCUUUUCCUGCUUGUGACUUCUCAUUUUAAAAAUCACAGGAAGUGAUUUAAUCAUCCAGAACAAGCAGUUUCAGAGAGAGAGAGAGAGAGAGAGAGAGAGAGUAAUAAUAUUACCUGCUGUGCAGUCAGGAACUGCUUGAUGGCAGCACCAACUGUUGGAUUUUUAGGUGAUUCUGCAGUAAUGCGCAGUAAACCGUGAUUAAAAAAAAAACAACAGCACAUUUCUAAUAUAUUCCUUUUACAAAACGGUUGAUUAAUGUCCACAUGGAUGACAUUUCCUCUGUUGAUCUGCUGCUCAAAGUGUUUGAACUUGUCUGAACACUGACUUGUGCAGGGAGGCAAAAAAAAUACAUUGAUAGAUUUUAUAUAAUAUUAAUAUUAAUUAAUAUAAUAUUGCAUGUCACUGGAUAUCGUGGCAGUGUAAUAUAGUGUAGGGAUGAUUAAAGUGUUAUAUCGCACAAGCCUAAUAUAUAACGUCUCUCUCUGAAUUUUCAUUCUUUUCUCAAAAAUUUGGCUUUAGAAAUAAACAUGCACUUACAAGAUGCUUAUUUUUGACAGUUAUUUUCUUCCAGAACUUACCCAAAUCAGAGCACUUUCUAACUAAAUAAUAGAAGAAAAUGUGAAAACAAUUGUUGACUUGAAACUAAGAUACUAAACCAGAAUAGUGUUAUGACCAAUAUUAAUAAAAAAAUAAAAAUUGAUAGAGUAUUUAUUCCUUUUCAGCUAUGCUCCUAUUAAAGUAUUGCCACCAAAUCACCAGUUACAGGCUAAAUGUAACCUCAGUAUUUCUCAUUGUGUUUCCACCACUGUUGCCUAAACGUUUAUCCUGCUCAAGUUUGCAAAUUUGUAUAAAAUGUAUGAAACGCUUUAUAUGAAUGUUUCGCUUUCAUCUCACAGCUUUAUUCAUAUGAAAGUUCUCACAGAUUUCACAUCACAAUGAGGUUUUUAUUUUAUUCUUUAUUAUUUCUAGUGUAUGGUAGUGUCAAAACUUUUCAUACCUAUGCUAAUGUUCAUUUCAACAAUUCCUUAUGCUUACAUUAGUGCUAUAACUCCAAAUUUCAUUAAAAUAGUGAUACGAUUAUUAAAUUUGUACGAUCUGAACUUCUGUGUGGCUCUAGAAACGCUGUGUAGUUCGCUUAACUUUUACCACAUUUACAACGUUUACUUACAUCCGCUGGAGUUACUGCCUGGAUUCUUAUGUAUA